AAAACUUAUUUCUCACUCCCAUUUUAUUCCUCAUUCUCAUUCUCUCGUCGCCGCGACGAAAUUGUCGGCCGCCGCCGCUGCCACGUAUACCAAGUGAUUUUAUUUCAUGCGAGCAUGGUGUCUACUGAGCUAGCUGAUAAACUUUCUGAAUUGCACAUGAGUACUGAUCCUCAAUGCAAUGGUAAAAGAAAAAUGGAAAGUUAUUCGGUGGAAGAUGAUGUAGGGAUCACAUGUUUUACAGAGAAUUUGCAUGACACUACAAUCCACUUUCAGAUAAUAAAGCUUGCAAAGCAGAUCUUCGCUUGGAUAGGUUGCAAUUCAGCAAAGUUUGGGCAUCUGUACGCAGCUGCACCCACUCGUCCGAACAAUAUGGUUGGUGUUACUUCAUUGCUUGGAGGAACUGCUGAUAACACUGGGUCAAGUAUUGCUCGUCAUAUAGUAUCGAAGACGGGUCUCAGUUUGGUCCUGGCAUGUAAUAUUCCUAAGGACAGCCCCAUGCUUGAGGCAGCAGCUGAGAGAAAAUUGUUAGAGAAAUUGAAAAAUCUCGGUUAUAUCGAACCCAAACUUGAAGAAGUCUGAAGUAGCAUAACUAUAAAGCUAGCAAAGUUAGUUUUCCUUAUCAUUGUUAUUUGUGUUUAGGGGCUGUUUGGACGUGAAUUUGUAUUUUGGAUUUAUGACAUUGUUUAAAAUCCAUGAAAUUCUUAUUCAAAAAUUUACAUUUUGUAUUUGGUUACUAGGUUAGUGACAUAUAAAGUUAGUUUUGUAAAGGGAAUCCAAAAACCUUUGUUUGUUAGUAACAUAAGUGGCUGGUCACGGUUGAUUUCCUGUUUAAAA